AUGAAGGAACUCGUUGCAAAUGUGAAGGGUCCAUCAGAAUGGUUUUGCAAGGAUGGAAUCGAUUGCUGGUAUAAUGAAUACUCGACCUUGGUAAGCGUUUUUCCGGAUAAUAUACGCCUGAACUGCGAUGUUGGCGAAUGUGCGAACGAGCAAGACUAUCUUGAUGUCCAUCCUAUCGAACGCGAGUUUUCCCAGUUCACCGAAACCGUCAUUCUAUCGGCCAUUGUCUUGGCUUGUAUCGUAAUGUAUAUAGUCGUCAAGGUAACUGCACGACGACAGCAACGCAUGUUUGGCUCUCGGAUAGAGCUAGAUAACUAUGACGAGAGCGAGGCCGCGGCUCAAGAGAUGGAAAUGCUUGAGGAUAUGCGCAAGGAGGUGCUGCUAACGUUUGAUGAUAUCUGCUAUACUGUUGGUGGUAAGAACGUCUUGUCCGGAAUAUCAGGCUAUGUUGAGCCCGGCGAACUAUUGGCUGUAAUGGGGCCAUCAGGAGCUGGAAAAUCUUCGUUGCUGGACAUUUUGGCGCGGAAACACAAACGCGGUGUUGCUAGUGGUAGUAUCAUGGUCAAUGGCGUUGUACCAACGCGACGGCGGUUCAAGCAAUUGUCUGGUUUUGUUGAUCAGGACGAUACGCUGAUGGGAACACUGACUGUGCGAGAAACUUUGAUGUACGCUGCUUCUCUCCGUCUGCCACGCAAGAUGAGCGUGCGGUUAAAGCAGAAACGAGUGGCCGAUGUAAUACAUGAACUCGGGUUGGAAGCUAUUGCGGAUUCACCUAUCGGAACUCCCGGUCAGCGAGGUAUCAGUGGCGGUGAAAAGAGGCGUGUGAGUAUUGGCAAAGAGCUGGUGACUAGCCCAAGCCUACUAUUCUUGGACGAACCAACCAGCGGUCUGGAUGCAUUCAAUGCUGGUGUCGUGAUGGAAUGUCUUCGCAAAUUAAGUAAACAGGGGCGAAGAACUGUUGUUGUUACCAUACACCAGCCUCGAUCGAAUAUUUUCAAGAUGUUUGAUUCAUUGAUGCUUCUCGCUGGAGGACAUACGGUGAGUGAUACUAAAAUCGACCUUACUAUGAAACGACCAGAAGAUGCAGACGAUCGCCCAGAUGACCGCUCAUUUUCCUUACCACGAAGUCGUGCAUCAUCUAUAACUAGCACACAACAGCUAGACGACCUUCGACCGUCCGAAGAAUCGCGACAGCUUAUAUCCGAUACAGUGCGAGAAAUGAAUAGCCAUGAACCACAACCCUCCUCCGAAUUUACACUUUUAUCCGAGUCCAACCACGCCUAUCAUCUUAUUGAAUCAUACAGAUCAUCUAAUAUUUACAGCGCUGUGCGUUCCAAGAUAAGACAAUCUAGCAACAAUAAUUCAACAAAUAAUGCGCGAUACUCGGUUUUAUUCUGGCAAGUUGGCGUUGAUUUGUCUGGUGUCCAAAACAGACUUGGCGUGCUGUUCUUUAUGUGUGCAUUACUCGGCUUUGCAUCAACAAGUGCACUAGACAUGUUCAGCAGGGAGCGUGUUUUGUUUAUGCGCGAGCGGGAAAACGGAUACUACAGCCCUGCCAGCUAUUUUUGCGCCAAGGUUUUGUUCGACAUUGUGCCGCUGCGCGUCCUUCCUCCACUGGUGAUGGGCUCGCUUAGCUACUAUAUGGUCGGACUGAAUCCUGCAUUACCUGUGUUUGGCAAAUUUCUGCUCGUACUCGUCCUGUUCAAUCUAGCUGCAGCAGGCGUAUGCCUUUGUUUUGCAACGGCAUUCAAGAAUGUUUCAGCUGCCAAUCUGCUUGCCAGUCUUGUCAUGCUCUUUUCCAUGUUGUUUGGAGGUUUCCUUCUUAAUAAAGAUCAUAUUCCUGGUAUUCUAAAUUGGCUCAAGUAUCUGAGUUUUUUCAACUACGGAUACGAAGCGCUGAUUGUCAAUGAGCUCAAGGACAUCACACUGCGAGACAAGUCAAUUGCCGAUAUUCAGAUCCCUGGGCCAGUGAUCCUUGCUCGAUUUGGAUUCAACGGACAAGCAUUUUGGGCUGACGUAGUACGACUCUGUCUGUUUGCCAUCAUCACUUUAUCAACGUCAUUUGUAUUUUUAAAAUAUCUCGUAAAAGAGCGCCGUUAAUAAUAACUUAUGCAAAUGCGGAUGAAUAUUUUCUUCCUUGUCUUUAAAAAAGAAAUAGGUGCCCCUUAGAAUGAUAUGGAAUAGGAUGGCGAGGGAUUGAAGUGACACGUCGAUGAACAGGGGGUGCGAGGGCGGGGCUGGACAGACAAAUGUGGACAGGGUUGUGUAUGGAUGAGUGUACAUUAUAACGUAUAUAUGAAGUAAGACAGGGUCUGUCUUCUUCUGCAAGGGAUAUAUGUGUCUACUUUUUAUGAAACAAUGCCUUCAGUUGUUUGCCUAAUGACUUUUUGCCCACCUCGCCGUUUGGCGGUGAUGGAGGAAGUUCAGCAGGCUGUGAUGCUUCUUGCUGUUGCUGUUGCUGCGGUGGAGUUGGUGGUUGCUGUUGUUUUGCUUUAGAUUGAGGGCCAUCUUGCGACUGGUGCGCCGGGGUAGCAUUGUGCG